UAGUAUUUAUAAUACAACAUCAGCAUUAUAUUUAUUGAAAAUAUCAAAUUAAAUACUCUUACAUUAUUAUGAGUAUCAAUAUAGUGUUAACCAAAUGAAUGUGGAAUUAAAGUCAUUUUCUCUGCAUUUGACUUGUAGGCCUACGAUGUUUCAACUGUGAAAAUGUCAAAUUCAAAACAUACACAAAAUCUGUUUAUUCAUUUACUCUGCAUGUGAUAUAUCAGAUUAAACAGGAAUUUUGAAUUGUGAAAAUGUUAAAAUGGGAUUAUUGAUCUCAAAACUUGCACAAAACCUGUUUACUCGAGAAAGACAGACUCGGAUCCAGAUGCUUGGCUUAGACAAUGCUGGAAAGACAACGGUGCUCUAUAAGCUAAAGUUAAAUGAGACAGUGACCACCAUUCCAACUAUUGGGUUCAAUGUUGAAACUGUAACCCCUCUAAAAGGGGUCACAUUCAAUGUCUGGGAUGUUGGGGGACAUCCCAGAAUUCGAGCGUUGUGGAGACAUCAUUUUACUAGCACUGAAGGGAUAGUGUAUGUUGUAGACAGUUCGAACAUGGAGCGCAUAGAAGAGGCACGAGAAGUACUGUUUAAUGUGCUCGGGAGUGAAGAGUUAAGAGGUGUUCCGAUCGUUGUGCUUGCAAACAAACAAGACACGUCAGGUGCAUUGACGGCGUCUGAAAUAACACAGCAUUUGUACUUAAACAAGUUGUCGGGGCGGGACUGGUGUGUACAGCAAACAUGUGCUACCACUGGAGAAGGCCUGCUCCAGGCAAUGACGCAACUGGCAACCCUGACUAAGGAAUUUACAGAUUCAAGGCGAUGAUGGCAAAUCAAGGCACUGCCCUGAGACUGUAUGAAUAAAGGGACAAUAACUCAUACUCGACAAGAUAUUUAGAUCUCGGCUUUAAAAGGUGCUGAAUAUUCAAUUCGCUCAAUGUAUUAUAAUUACAAAACCAUUCUACUGAUUUUCGGCUGUAGGUUAUUAUUUACACCAGUGCAGAUAUGACAUAAAGUCUCAAUUUCUGACGUAGAACGUUGACGAAACUAGGCACGAUGUUUGUGGCAAAUAAAUGAUAUUAGUCCAAGAAUAUUUUUCACGACUUGUAUGCCGUUAACCCUUUCAUGGAUGUUACGUGUUUGCACUUUUGUGUUGCUAUUGAUUAUGAUAUUAAAGUAGAAUUGAAAUGAA